UUAUUGCGCAACAGAGGCAUACCCCGGCUUCGCUGAUGCCAGGAAUACAUACUCCUUGGCCAGAUCUAAACGAGCCGAGAUGGUAGAGAACAUGGAACCAAGCCACUGUCAAUCAGCAUUCAAAUGGGUUCCCAGUCACGUGUGCUCGCGGAUUUCCGUCACUGUGCUGGGCGAACUCCCCCACCUACGGGUCCAGUCUUGGUCGCUAUCAAAUACGCGACCAUCGCGUCUCCUCCCAAAGGCUGCCAACAGCCAACCAUUUGAGCUCCAAGCCCGUAAUGGCGACCCGCUGGGGACGGCGGAGCACUACCACGUCCAAAUUAAAGUCGCCCGACUCCUCGCCAGAAAGCUCCCCUACCCCGUCGUUUUGUACCGCUAGCGAGACAGCCGAGCGCGACGAUGACGUCGUGACCACGGCCAAGACCAGCCCAACCCGCCUCGACGACAAGCUGCAAGUCAGCGACCCCGACACGCCCAUGAAAGGGCACAAUGACCCGGACGAGGAGGAGGAGGACCUCGGCAGUGAUGAGGUGCUGCUGCCGUACCGCCCAGCCAAGAAGCUUCCGCGCGAGGUCAGAGAGCACUCCAAGAUCUAUCUCGAGGAGGAGCUGUACGGCGCCGCGAUCGAGAUGCUCGGGAGUCUCAUGUCUUCUGGGGGCCAUCGGCCUCGCUCCAAGCAGCGCCCAGCACUAGUCCCGCCGCCCAACCAGGUCGCAUUCCUGGCCAGUCUCGCCAUCCACCCGCUCUACACGAACCGACCGACCGAGAUGUCGCACCGCACGAUAGGGUCCCAGGCCAUGCAGUACCUGCGCGGCCUCUUGGGCUCGGCGGGCCCCGUCCACGCCAACUUCCGCACCGCCUUCGACUUCGAGCCCUGGCGCCGGCACGGGAGGCGCGGCCUGUCGGCGGGCGUCGAGGACGAGGCCAACGAGGAGGACGAGGCCAUGGGCGGCCGCUUCGCGCCGAGCCAUAUCGUCUUCUCCAAGGCCGAGAGCUUCUGGAGGCUGCUCGGCUGGGCCUUCAACUGCAGCGCCCUCCACCCCGAGCGGUGGAGGUACUGGGAGAGCUGGCUAGGCUUCAUGGCGGACGUCUUGGACGCCGACUACAGGGAAAGGGAGAGGCUGGACACCAGCGGCGGCGCCGACGGCAGCGACUGGCGCCGCGGCUCGCUGCUGCUCCGCUACGUCCGCGACCUGGAUCGUUCCGCCGUCAAGGGGAUGGUGAGGGCCCUGUUCGCCGACGGGAGCGCCGCCUCUCUCCGCGAGUUCCCGGAGCUGUAUGACAGGGAGGCCAAGGUGAGGACGGGCGCCGGUAACAAGCGGAAGCGCACCCUGAGCUCGGACCUGGAUCUCGCCAACGAUAAUUUUGGUGACUAUUUCGACGACGACGGUCUGAGCUCCGAAGGGUCUGCCCCCGAGUCCCCCACACGACAGACGGCGGGUUCGCGCCAAAAACGGAUGGAAGUGGCACCGCCCCCGAGCGAGGAGCUCAUGGCGUCUGUGAGCCUACGUCUACGCUUUUUCGAUAUGGUCGGGAAAGCGUUUGACUUUUUGGACAACGCAGAAUGCCAGACGGAGCUGUUCGGUGUCUUCUCCAGCAACCUCCGGUCCUUGCCGGUCCCGCUGUAUGAGCUAUACGUGGCCUCGCACAGGACGGAGAUGGACUCGAGGUCUCAGAUCUCGCUGCUCCUCGACGCCGUCGGCACAUUUCGCCCAACGUCGGCUCCGAAACCCAUCAGGGUGGACAAGGCGGCGGCGACCGGCGGCUUCAUCAACAUGCUGAUCAUGGAGAAGUGCUACCUGCCCUUUGCCGCCACCAGCACGGCUGAGGGGAACGCCAAGUUCUCGCUCGUCCUCGAGUCGCUAUUCCGCAUACUGUGGGUUAACGACCAGGUAUCCUACUCAACCGAGCUAGACGAGGCGGUCCGGACCGGGGUCGCGCUGCGGAACGACCGGUCCAAGCCCAAAAAGAGCGCCCGCUCCAAGGACGGGGCUGAGGAGGCCGCUCGCAAGAUACUGGCGCAGUCGGGGUCGCGCCUCGAGUACCUAAUGGAGAUCGUUGCAGAGGAAGAACAAUCCGACGGCGACACGGAUGCCGAGUAGGGGGUUCAAGAAGCCCUGGCGCCAUGGCUUGUGGGAUAAUUGGUUAAAGGCAGGAAAGUCCUAAAGAGACAUUUUUUUACUUUUCGUUAAUGUUUUGUUAUAUCUACCUGUCUCUAUCCAUCUCUGGGUCUGCCUUGUGACGCCAAAAGGGCAUCACUGGUGGAGUAGGCUUGCUUCUUUUAUCGCUUGUUGGGAUGGGAUUUUGCUUCAGCAAGGCGUUUGUGGAAUAUCACCGGCUCUGGUGGCGGAAACAUGUAUUUUUCACGAGUGUGCUUUUGGGCUUUAAUACCACCGGCGUUGAAUGUUGAUCGCUCCGAGGCAUGCAUGCCUUUUUGGCGAGGCUUUCGGUGAAUAGAUAUUGAAUAAAGG